GUCAAUAGCAAAAGACCUGGUAGCACGUUGCGAAUGUUUGUCAAUUUGCUUUAAAAUAAACAGGUAUUUUUAAAUAAGCAAUGAAAUUGAAAAUAUCUUCUUUUAAAGAACCGAAACAUGUCGGAGUUGUUGUUUGCGUUAGUUGGAAUAACACCGAGGAUGUGUUUUCCUGUGGGGAUGACCACAAACUUUUGAAAUGGAACUUAGUGAAUAGCGAGUGCAUGGUUGUGACAACAUUUCCUGAUGAUUUCUAUCCCACUGGAAUGCAUCUGUUUCCUAAACUUAGCAUGGGUACAAAUAAGUACCAACAUGACGUCAUUUUGGUAUCUUCUGCAGAUGGAAAGUUUAGUAUUGUAAAUCAUAAUGGACGAAUAGAGAAAAACGUAAACGCCCAUCAAGGCGCAUGCCUUACAGCACAAUGGAGCCCUGACGGUGCUGGCCUUCUGACAGCUGGUGAGGAUGGAUUUGUAAAAGUUUGGUCGAGAAAUGGUCUUCUGAGAUCCACUAUAGUGCAGUCCGAUGUACCAUGCUACAGUGCGGUCUGGAGUCCUGACAGCAGUGCCAUUUUAUAUACUAAAAACAACUUCCUUAUCAUAAGGCAACUUAAUUCAAGCAGUAAAAUAACAAAGUGGAAAGCCCAUGAAGGACUGAUUAUUUGUACCGCCUGGAAUGCCAAUAAUAACUUGAUAAUUUCGGGGUCCGAAGAUGGUUUGACAAAGAUAUGGGACACAUUUGGCCAGCAAAUAUCAAUGAGCAUAAAACACGAUCAGGCGAUUACCAGCGUGAGUUGGUCACCCGCGGGAGACCUCUUCGUGAUCGGCAGCUACAACCUGAUAAGACUCUGCAAUGCUAAUGGGUGGUCGCACUGUUUGGACAGACCGUCGACAGGUAGCAUCUACAGUAUAGCAUGGUCAUCCGAUGGCACGCAGAUGGCUGCAGCUUGUUCCAAUGGCCACGUGCUUUUUGCGCAUAUAAUUGACAGGGAAUAUACCUGGAAAAAUUUUGCGUGCACCCAAAUAGGGCGUAAAGUGAUAGCGAUAAAGGAUAUCGUGACUGAACAAAGCGACCAUUUAGACUACCCAGACAGAGUCAUCCAAAUCGCCCUCGGUUUUAAUCACUUGGUUAUAGCUACUGUGAAGCAAUGUUUCAUACACAAGCUCAACUCAUGGAAUACGCCAGUUACGUUUGAUUUGAAAGAAGGAACGAUUAGCAUGAUAUUGCUCUCUGAAAGAUGCCUAUGCAUAGUAGAACGAGCUGGUAUUUCAGUAUAUAGCUACAUGGGAAGACUACUAGCUAGUCCACGCUGUGGGACUCGAUCCGAGACUUUAGGAAGAGCUGCUGUGUCUCUGGGUCCCGAUGCUUUAGCAGUCAUCGACCAAUCUGAUCGGAGAAUCAUACACGUUUUUGACUUGCCAACUGGCCUGAUUGUGCGUAGUUCUGCUGAUAACGUAGUAACAAAAUUGUCUCACAAGAUGACAGUAUACUCGAUCGCGUUAAGUCAGACGGGCCCUAUCAAUGAAAGGCAGCUAGCCUUACUAGACUACAACAAAGACUUAUACGUAGUCACUGUGAAAGAAAACAAGCCAAAGUUUUCCAAGUUGGGGUCGCAAAUCCUCAGCAUUUGUUGGAGCGCUGAAACAGAAUUGCUGGUAGGUCUUCGAGCCAACUCCUUGGUGGCCUGGUGUUGUCCUAGAGCAGCCACUCAACCGGACUGGUUAACGCUAACCAUGGUUAAUAAGGAGAUAAGCGAUUUAGGUCGUAAUCCUACCCUCAUCUCCAUUGAAGAAGGCGUCGCGAGAAUAUGCAGAGGCAACGGUUCAAUAAUGCACGUUUCAGUCGCUGUCUUUCCUGAAAAGCUGCUCAAGCAUAAAAGGGCAUUAAAGGACAGUGGAAGUUUGUACGAGAAAUCAAUUGAAUCACGCAGACGAAGUCGUCCACUACUGAAGUUGUGUCGGACCGUUGAAGACGAAACCUUAUGGGCCUGUCUUGCCGUACUUUCUUGGCAACAACGUCAACUGGAGGUCGCAGAGGAAGCUUUUGCCUUAAUAAAUCAAUACCAUCAAGUUUGCUAUAUACAGCAUCUUAGGAACAAUAUUCCUGAAAAACUUUCAAAACCAGAGGGCAUGACAUCCUUGAACUUGGCCAGGCAAGAACGUAUCCAAGAAGUAUGUAACCGCUUUGAACCUAAAUACAGCUUGGACGAUUUGCCUGAUAACCAAUUGGAGCACAUUUUAAUUGAUGAAAACCAUAAGCUACUGUACUGCUAUGUGCCAAAAGUGGCAUGCACAAACUGGAAAAGGACAUUGAUGAUUUUAACGGGCAAGUGGAAUGAUACAGACGUGUUGGCCAUACCAGCACAUUUGGCCCAUUCCCCGGGGAUGUUCCGUAAUCUGAGUAGUGUACCUAAAGAUCAGAGGAACGCUAUGUUGGACACCUUUCAUAAGAUGAUAAUUGUGAGAAACCCCUUUGAAAGAUUGCUGUCUGCGUACAGAAAUAAAUUAGAAGGAGAUACACAGAGUGCUAAAUAUUUUCAGUGUUUUGGAAGGCAUGUUAAGCCGUUGGUCCUGGCUGCAUCUGUAGUCGUAAGCACCUGCCAAUCUACACUGGGCCUGCGAGAUGAUGUAAUGGAAAGUGACUUCAGACGUAUUUCUGAAGACCGUGUAGGCAGACGGAUCAUAAAGGCGUUUCGCGCUAACCCGUCCAACGAGUCUCUGGAGCUGGGACACGACGUGAGCUUCCGCGAGUUCGCGCUGUUUCUGACCUCGCGCGCCGACGAGCUCGCCGAUGUGGUCGCGAACGAGCACUGGCAGCCCGUCGACUCGCUCUGCCACCCCUGCCUCAUCAAGUACAGCCUAGUCGGCGAAUAUAAAGAAAUUUUAUCUAAAUACGAGAGGAAGUUCUUGGUGCCUGAAGAUCUAAUCGAGAAUGGAACCUUCAGACGAUUCCUUAUUUCAAAUAUUAAAAUCAUGACAUUAACUUUUUUUAAUAUAACUGCCAACCGUAGGCAUUGCAAAAGCAAAGAGUUUACCUAA